AGACCACCUCGCCCAUAGCAACAACCAAUUUGAAUGGCUGCUCCACAUCGCCGACACGGUAUGUCACUGGAAGGGGUCAUCGUUCCUUUACCUCAACCCUUGACGCGAGAAGACCAUGAUGCAGCGAUGAGACUUUUCGAUAGUCUCGUCAAGCAGUUCGAACAUUCAGACCCGAUCGGCAAAGGGUUAAAACCAGUUAUGCUUGUUCGUCUUGUCAAAAAUGAGCUUUCCGAUAAGGACAGCUUUCUAAGAUUUUUUUUCUGUUUUAUUGAGGAACAUUUGGAUGGGUUCUCGAAGAUUAAUGAUUUCAACCUCACUCGUAGUCUUUCUCGCCUGGGCAGUUUCGCUACAUGGACCACCGAAGAUACUGAUGCUCUCCGUGACGGACUAAUCAGAUUUGCCAAGACAUUGAUGGACAAUUUCUUCUUACCCUUGAAGGCUUUAGCUUUAAAAACCCCUUAUAACACGCCAGGCCUUCUUUCUCGUCUUCAACUUUCUGAAGGAGGAGGUAUUGGCACUCCACAACGCCUCAAGUCUUUACGAGAUGACUGUCUUGAACGCGACCGUCAUAGAUGUGUCGUAACUCGAAAAUUUUUCGUCAACGAAGCUCAGGAACGAUUCACAAACGAUGGGGACAAUCUCAGAGACGAUGACGGAGAGUCUUUAUUGCCGGAGAGAAAUGAGAUGGCAUAUCUGGAAGUAGCACAUAUAUUUCCACACUCUCUUAUGUCCCUCACUAGUAAUGGCGGAGAACAGAAGCUAGUACGUACAUUUACUGAUCCCCAUCUUUGACCUCUUACCUACAGUCUACCUGGUCCGAGUCUAAGGAGAUGGCACACAAGAUUCUCAAUAUGUUCAAUCCUACCAUUAUUCCCCUCAUCAGUGGGACCGACAUUGACCGACCAAUGAAUGCACUCACUUUGACCAAGGAUGCCCACACAUUGUUUGGUAAUUUUGAGAUCGCUUUUGAGCAUCUAAGUAACCACCAGUACAAGAUCGACUAUGCGAAUCCAAACCAAUUUGUUCGCAUUAUACAGCUUCCAGUUACCCGUACGCUUUACCUUACACCGGACCAAAAAAUAGACCAUCCUUCUGUUGAUUUUCUGAAGGUUCAUCAUGCUAUUGCGAAAAUUCUCUAUCUGAGUGGCGCGGGUGAGUAUAUCGACAAAUUUAUUCGGGACAUGGAUGAGAUGGAAGAUGGCCAAGUCAACUCGGACGGCUCUAGUCGCAUCGAUGAAUAUGUGCGUUUCAAACUUAGUUGUGGAUUUAAAGAGAUGCAAGUGUAC